UUUUUUUUUUUUUUUUUUUUUUUUUUUUUAUUUAUNUUUUUUUUUUUUUUUUUUUUUUCCAUAAAAAAGCUUUAAUUAUAAAUAUUACGAUAAAAACCAACAUUAUGCUUACACUACGAAAAAUGACUUCCUCGUAUCGGACUUCAUCGGAAAAUACAGUAUCAGCAGAAACUUCUUCUAUAGCAACAAAAGUAAAUGAAGUUAUUCCAUCAUCUAGAAGUUUAACAGUUUCACUAACUUGUAAUUUUGGUGAUUUACCAACUUGGCUUCAAGAUAAUCAUGAUAUUUUAAAAGGUUAUAGAAGACCCACAUUUUCUUACGUAAAAUGUGCCAAAUCGUUAUUUUAUAUUCAUAACGAAAGUGUUAAUAUUUGGUCUCAUUUAAUCGGAACAGUUGCCUUUUUUUUCUUGGGAUUUACAACAUAUUAUUAUGUGCUUGCGCAUCAACCUAAUGCGAAAACUUGGGAUUUCUUUGUAUUUUAUAUAUUUUUACUCGGUGCUAUGAUUUGUUUAGCAUUCUCUUCAACUUUUCAUACAUUAUGUUGUCAUUCAGAAAAGGUUUGCGCAAAUUGGAAUAGAUGCGAUUAUAUCGGUAUUGUGACCUUGAUUGUAGGAUCAUUCUUCCCGAUGAUAUAUUAUGGAUUUUAUUGUCAUAAAGUUUUACAAAUAGUUUACCUUUCAAUGAUUUCUAUUUUUGGAGCUGCAACGAUUUCAGUUGCAGUUUUAAAUAGGUUUAGAUCACCACAAUUUAGAUGGUUUCGUGCAAGCUUAUUUAUAGCUAUGGGAUUAAGUGCAUUCGUACCAUUAAUUCAUGCUAUUUUUAUAUAUGGAAUUCAACUUUGUUUUGAUGUAAUAUCUCUAAAAUGGUUAUUAUUAAUGGGCGCCCUUUACAUUACUGGAGCUGUCAUUUAUGGUGCUAGAGUGCCAGAAAAAUGGUAUCCGGGAACGUUUGAUAUCUAUGGGUCAUCACAUCAAAUAUUUCAUUUCUUUGUAAUAGCCGCUGCACUUGUACAUUAUAUUGGAAUAAUUCAAGCAAUGACGUAUUGGCAUGAACAAAAUCAUUUAUGUCUAUAUGAUGUCAAAAAAAUGGCUCCUAAAGCGUAUUUAUAAGAUACAUUCCUAUUGAAAUAACAAAUAUUAUGCAUUUCCACACACAUUAGAAAAAAUAAUUAAAGAAGUUUCAAUUUUUUGUUGUAUAAGAUCAAUUAUCUGUUAAUUCGAAUAUAACAAUAGUAGAUGAAUUAAAUGAAAUUCUUAGUGUAAUGAUUAUCUUACAAUUAUAUUAUUCAUAAAAAAGUAUAUUAUUUUA